CCCUUGAACUCUACUUGAUUCAACCUACCAACUCUUGUCAGAAAAAAUAACCCCAUAUUGUAUCUUCUUCGUGCAGUUCUCAUUGUGGCCAAAAGACAGAUUCAAAUCUUCUAAAACAAUAAUCUUUGAAGCAAUAAUCUCAUGUAUGUGGAAAUUCCCUUUCAUACCAUUACCCCUCCUCUUAUCUGGAACCUUUGCCCACUAGUUCUACCUACUAUAUUGGAUGUCGAUGCAAACCGCACAAUCAGUAAUACUUUGAAUAUUACCAAAAUAACUAGAAGUGGCGAUUGAAUUCGAUUGAUUCUCCUCAAAACCUUCAAGCCUGCAUACGAAAAAAUUGUAUUCUCACCAAGAAGAUACAAUUAUAUGUUACUCGAGGACUAGAUUAACAAAAAGUUUUACCGCAAGAAAGAGGUCACAUACGUUGGAUACCUAUCUUCUGCGCUAAGUCGAUCAAGUGUUAGACUUCACCCGGAAUUUUACUCCGCAUCAACGUCAACAAGCUUUCACUCAAAAACCACACGCAGUUCUUUGUUCUUGCAACUACCAACUUCCCAUACUUUGAGCUAAUUUCCUCAUUUAAAAUUUUAGAAAAAGUUGCUUUUUGCACGAAUUCAAAAAUCCUUGUUACACUUCAUACCUCAAUCAAUAAAGAAAGAAAGAGCUGCGCUCUUAAAAUCACCACAAAAUCGAUCCUAUAAUCGCCGGCUGCCUUGCCUACGAUGGGCAUGGGAAGGGCGGAAGAUUUUAACGACAGACAAAUCGAGAUUGAUGCCAAAAAUGAGCCUUACAAUCAAUAUCAAUAUGAGGCCGAGGGAAAUGAUUCAUGGGCAGGAGCACUUCCGGUAAAGCAGUAAGUGCCACCGUUUGUUAGACUCUGCUAUCGAACCUGACUGAUCAUGAAAUAGGGGUUUAUAUGAUCCUAGCUUGGAGAAGGAUGCCUGCGGUGUUGGUUUUGCUUGGUGAGAAUUUUGAAUCCGCACAUUCGGGACACAUCUAAUCUCAAAUAUAGUAACAUCAAAGGCAAAGCCAGCCACAAAAUCGUUAGCGAUGGUAGGCCCCUUAUGCUACAUUUUAAGCACACAUUAGCUAACCUUUUUACCCUCAGCCCGAAACUUGCUUUGUAACAUGACCCAUCGAGGUGCUGUGGGUUCCGAUGCGAGGGAUGGAGAUGGAGCUGGUGUGAUGACAUCUAUUCCUCAUAAAUUCUUUAUCAAAAACUUCGAGCGCGAGACGGAUAUCAAGCUUCCACCGUUGGGUCAAUAUGCUGUGGGAAAUCUCUUCUUCAAGCCAGAUGAGGAAACUUUACAAGAAUCAAAGAAACAAUUGGAAGAGAUCUCAGAGUCACUGGGAUUAAGAGUACUGGGGUGGCGAGAGCCUCCUAGAGAUUCUACUCUUCUUGGUCCUGCUGCUGCAUCUCGUGAGCCGAUCAUAUUGCAGCCCUUCGUAGUGCUAGCAUCUGCAUAUGGCUCAGGAAAUUUGCCAGAAACUACCGAUCCUGAACUAUUUGAUGAGAAACAUUUCGAGAGACAACUUUUUGUACUCCGAAAGCGUGCAACCCAUACCAUUGGUUUACACAAUUGGUUCUACUUGUGCUCCCUAUCUAACAAAAACAUUGUUUAUAAAGGACAACUCGCCCCUGUACAGGUUUAUCAGUAUUUCUAUGAUCUGGUGAACGCCGAUUACGAAGCCCAUUUUGCUCUUGUACAUUCACGUUUUUCUACAAAUACUUUCCCUUCAUGGGAUCGUGCUCAACCAUUACGAUGGGCAGCUCACAAUGGUAUGGUACUUGUAAACUGCUCAACCUAGCCCUGAUACUGACUGUAAACCCAGGUGAAAUCAACACCCUUCGAGGAAAUAAGAACUGGAUGCGUGCUCGAGAAGGUGUGAUGCAGUCAGAUGUUUUCGGCGACGAUCUUGAAUCAUUGUACCCCAUUGUCGAAGAUGGUGGUUCUGACUCUGCUGCAUUUGAUAAUGUUCUCGAGUUACUCACUAUCAACGGUGUCCUUUCUCUACCUGAAGCUGUUAUGCUGAUGGUGCCUGAAGCAUGGCAGGACAAUGCCGCCAUGGACCCAGCUAAGGCAGCUUUCUAUGAGUGGGCCGCUUGUCAAAUGGAACCUUGGGAUGGGCCUGCAUUGUUCACCUUCGCCGAUGGUAGAUACUGCGGUGCAAAUCUUGACAGAAACGGUCUUCGACCAUGUAGAUACUAUGUCAUGGAUGAUGACAGAAUUAUUUGCGCUUCCGAGGUCGGUACCAUUCAAGUGGAUCCAGAACGUGUUAUCCUCAAGGGCCGUCUGCAACCAGGAAAGAUGCUUCUCGUCGACACCGUCGCCGGGCGCAUCAUCGAUGAUGCAGAGUUGAAGAACACUGUCGCUAAGCGACACGAUUUCCGAUCUUGGCUUCACAAGGAACUUGUCAGCCUACCCAAGGUUCAUGAAAAACUGAUAGCCCAAGGCGUCGUUGACUUGGAGCCAAAGCCAUCUGAUAGUACUAUCCAGGAGGACGCUCUUCUGAAGGCUUUUGGCUAUACCUUUGAGCAGGUUUCGUUGCUUCUUGCACCAAUGGCCUCUGACGAAAAGGAAGCACUUGGUUCCAUGGGUAACGACGCACCUCUUGCAUGUCUUGCCAAUGCUCCUCGUCUGUUGUACGAGUACUUCCGUCAGCUUUUCGCCCAAGUCACCAACCCUCCGAUUGAUCCCAUUAGAGAAGCUAUUGUCAUGUCCCUCGACUGUUAUGUUGGUCCUCAAGGAAACUUGUUAGGAAUGGAGUCAUCACAGUGCGGUAGGCUGUUACUGCCAACACCUAUCCUCUCUAUUCCCGAGUUUAACGCUCUCAAAAAUAUCAACAAGUUCUAUCCAAAAUGGACAUCCAAGGUCAUUGAUCUGACAUUUCCAAGAUCUGAAGGUGUUGAAGGAUAUAUUAAACAUUUGGAUUACAUCUGCGAGCAAGCCACCGCUGCCAUCGAAAACAACGAUUCAAUAAUCAUUCUUUCCGAUCGUGCAACAUGUGCCGACCGAGUCUCCGUGUCAACUCUCCUCGCUGCCGGAAUGGUCCAUCACCAUCUUGUGAACAACAAGUGGCGAUCACAUGCUGCCUUGGUAGUCGAAACUGCUGAAGCUCGUGAGGUUCACCACAUGUGCGUGCUUGUUGGAUAUGGUGUAGACGCCGUCAAUCCAUACCUCGCAAUGGAAUGUAUCAUCAAGCUUAACCGUGAAGGUCUAAUCAGAAAGAAGCUUAGUGACGACCAAGUCAUUCGCAACUACAAGUAUUCUGCCGAUGGUGGUAUCCUCAAGGUCAUGAGUAAAAUGGGUAUCUCUACACUUGCCAGUUACAAGGGUGCCCAAAUUUUCGAAGCCCUUGGCGUUGACGAUACUGUUGUGGACCGAUGUUUCAAGGGUACUGCAACGAGAAUCAAGGGUAUAACUUUUGAACAAAUUGCCGAAGACGCUUUCAGAUUCCAUGAGAAGGGUUUCCCAUCACGAUACACUGUUAGCAUUCCAGGCCUCGUUGAAUCUGGCGAGUAUCAUUGGCGUGAUGGUGGCGAACCUCACAUUAACGAUCCUACAUCUAUUGCCAACAUUCAAGAUGCCGUUAGAACAAAGAACGAUAAGUCGUAUGAGGCAUACUCUCUUUCCGAGUAUGAGCAGAUCAAAUCAUGCACAUUAAGAGGUCUCCUUGAUUUCAAUUUCGAGGAGAGCCAUUCAGUUCCAAUUGACCAAGUCGAGCCAUGGACGGAGAUUGUUAGAAGAUUCUGUACUGGUGCCAUGUCAUACGGUUCUAUCUCCAUGGAGGCACAUUCCACUCUCGCGGUUGCAAUGAAUCGCCUCGGGGGUAAAUCUAACACGGGUGAAGGUGGUGAGGACCCAGAACGUUCUGAGGUUAUGUCAAACGGUGAUACUAUGAGAUCAGCUAUCAAGCAAGUCGCAUCUGGAAGAUUUGGUGUUACUUCUAACUACCUCGCUGAUUCAGAUGAGAUUCAAAUCAAGAUGGCUCAAGGUGCUAAACCUGGAGAAGGUGGUGAGCUUCCUGGCCACAAAGUAUCUCAGUCCAUUGCCAGAACCCGUCAUUCUACUCCUGGUGUCGGUCUCAUUUCCCCGCCUCCUCAUCAUGACAUUUAUUCCAUCGAAGAUUUAAAACAAUUGAUCUACGAUCUCAAGUGUGCCAAUCCUCGUUCUAGAGUAUCUGUUAAGCUCGUAUCCGAAACUGGUGUGGGUAUCGUUGCUUCUGGUGUUGCCAAGGCAAAGGCCGAUCACAUCUUGAUUUCUGGACAUGACGGUGGAACUGGCGCUUCUCGAUGGACUGGUAUCAAAUACGCCGGUUUGCCAUGGGAGCUUGGUCUCGCUGAGACUCAUCAGACUUUAGUUUUGAACGAUCUCCGUGGUCGUGUCGUCGUCCAAACUGAUGGUCAACUUCGAACUGGUCGUGAUGUUGCCAUUGCAUGUUUACUUGGUGCCGAAGAAUGGGGUUUUGCUACUACCCCUCUGAUUGCCAUGGGUUGUAUCAUGAUGAGAAAAUGUGAGUAAUGAACUAUGCUCUUGCUUCGAUAUGGCUGCUAACACUUUUAGGUCACUUGAACACCUGUCCAGUUGGUUUAGCCACUCAAGAUCCUGAGCUACGAAAGAAGUUCCGGGGUACUCCAGAGCACGUUAUCAACUUGUAAGCAAAAUAUUUUCUUUCGUGUUGCACUCCCCUACUGCAAUCCCUGUCUUUAUAUUUCACCUCUGUAUCCUUCUCCUUCCUAACGCAGCCUUGAUUCUUCAUUUUAUCCUAGAGCUCUUUCACGUAGGCAAUUACUGACGUCCCCAUAGUUUCUACUACAUUGCCAAUGAGCUCAGAGCCAUCAUGGCAAAGCUCGGUUUCAGAACAAUCAAUGAAAUGGUGGGACACGCCGAAUGUCUUAGAGUACGGGAUGACCUCCGAACGAAGAAGACAAGCAAUAUCGAUCUCUCUCUUAUUCUGACUCCUGCUCAUAAGCUCAGACCUGGGGUUGCCACCUUCAACGUUCGCAAACAGGAUCACCGACUUUACGUCCGCCUUGACAACAAGUUGAUUUCCGAGGCAGAGUUGACUCUUGAUAAGGGUCUACCAUCACGAAUUGAGUGUGACAUUGUCAAUACCGAUCGUGCUAUGGGUACUUCUUUGUCAUAUCAAAUUUCGAAGAGAUAUGGUGAGGAUGGAUUGCCUAUGGAUACAGUCCACGUCAAUAUUAAGGGAUCAGCUGGUCAAUCCUUCGGUGCCUUCCUUGCUCCUGGUGUUACCUUGGAGCUUGAAGGUGACGCAAACGAUUACGUAGGAAAGGGCCUUUCAGGUGGUCGUUUGAUUGUCUACCCGCCCCGCUCCGCCGUUUUCAAGGCUGAAGAGAACGUUAUUGUCGGUAACGUCUGUCUUUAUGGUGCGACUAGUGGAACUGUCUUCUUCCGUGGUGUUGCUGCCGAGAGAUUUGCCGUCCGAAACUCUGGAGCCACUGCAGUAGUUGAGGGUGUUGGUGACCAUGGUUGCGAGUACAUGACUGGUGGUCGUGUUCUCAUCUUGGGCUCCACUGGACGUAACUUCGCUGCCGGUAUGUCUGGUGGUAUCGCGUAUAUUCUCGAUAUCCAGCAAGAUUUCAUGUCCAAGCUGAACACAGAGAUGGUUGAGGCUUCAGGUAUUGAUGACCUAGCUGAGAUCGCAUUCGUCCGAAGCUUGAUCGAAGAUCACCACCACUACACUGGCUCAGAGCUUGCUGCCCGCAUUCUUCUUGACUUCAACAGGGCACUGCGCCGAUUCGUCAAGGUUUUACCUGUUGAUUACAAACGUGUCCUUCAAGAAGAAGCUGCCAAGGCUGCUGAAGCCAAGAAGGCAAGAUUUGCUUUGCCAUUCCUUCCAGGAAAUCCAUCCCGUGAACUUCAUGAGAAGAACCAUAAGGAGAACAAGAAGCCAUCUGAUCUCCAGGAUAUCGAGGAGACUAUUGGAGAUGCUGCCGUUGAAAAGAAGCGAUCUUUGGUUUUGGACAAAACUAAGGGUUUUAUGAAGUAUCAACGUCGAUCCGAGAAAUAUCGCUCAGCCAAGACUAGAACUCGCGAUUGGGCUGAACUUUCCAAGCGUCUCGAUGAAGAUGAGCUCAAAUAUCAAGCUGCUCGUUGCAUGGACUGUGGUGUUCCAUUCUGUCAAUCUGACUCGGGUUGCCCAAUUUCCAACAUUAUUCCUAAAUGGAAUGAGUUGGUCUUUAUGUGCCUUGAUCCAAACACCAGGGUCCGCACUACGGAUGGUGUCCAAGCCAUCAGGGACAUCAAAGUUGGUACCAAGCUGUUCGAUGACAAUGAUAUGCCUACUAUCUGCACGGCAGUGGGUGAAAUCAAGAAGAGUAAGACAAUGAAGACCAUAACUUAUAAGGAAUGGAAUUCCAGGCAGGACACUUCUUUCGAAUGCACAUCCGAUCACAUCAUGGCGAUGGUGGCUUACGGAAUUGCCCCUGCCAUGAGAGUCCUUAAAGGGAAACACAUGGUUACAUGGUUCUCACGAUGCGAUCGAACCGAGUAUAAGGAAAAUCUUACUUAUCUUCAGUGGGAUGAUCUGGUUCACCGCAUACAUGCUGAGGUAGGCCGGAAUCUGAAUCGUCGCCCUACCGAUUCUGAAGUUCAUUCACAUGUCGACAUGGUCGUUGAUCGUUCGGUUUCGGAUUCUGGAUCGGCAGAUUUCUAUUCUCGUGCUCUUGAGUUGUUUAAGACUCUUAUUUCGGCUUCUGAACUAGAGGGUAAGUUAUAAGUUAUAUUCCAAUCCACUAUUUUACUCAGAAUAUACUAACAUGUCUUAGCUACCACCGAUGAUAGUCUUGUCGACCUUGUCCGUGACAUGCUGCAUGAGGAGAUGGAUGGAUAUCUUGACCGACUCCUCCCAGAGCAAGAGGAGAUACCCGACAUUGAUGAGCCUGACCUUGUCAUCGAUCUUGAUGAUCCCCGACCUCGUAAAUUUCGCUUGCUGGAAGAACUGCCUUCAUCGGUUCACUCGUCUGACCCAACCUACCAGACAACCGUUGGUAUUGUGUCUUCGCCGCCUCAUCAGUCAUCCCAGGGUCAAAAUGAGCCGUCUUCACAACCUCAAGAGGCUCAAGAAUCGCAGGGCUCCUCAGACGCUGAUACAGCCCAGCUUGUAGGAGAGCAGGAUCACCUAGACAAGUUUGCUGCUGUUCGAGACAAGUUGAAAGUAAAAUGUACACAAGCCAACGGGCCAUGCAAAGGCUUCAAGUCGGUUUCUGCACUGUUUGCGAAUGAAGAACAAGCUCAGCUUGCUCUUGAUCUUCUUUCCGGUGAUCACUACCGUGUGGUCGAUCCUCAUGCUGUUCACAAUGGCGAAUAUUUUGCUAUGACUUUGGCAGAGUAUGAGGCCUCUUGUCAGAAUCAUAAGAAUGCUGGUCACAGGCACUUGAAAUUGUUUAGAACACCUCUGAAAUUUGUUCCUUCUCAGACACCUUCAGCAGAUGUCCCUAUCGAUCCUUACUUCUUAGGAUUUUGGCUCGGUGAUGGGAUCAAGAACCAACCUGCGGUCACAAGUGCAGAUCUAGAAGUCAAGGCAUACCUUCAGGCAUACGUCGACCGCCUGAAUGCCCCGUCCAUUCGACCUGAUACUGCUGCUCCUCUUGAGCUUUCAGAACAGGUGGUUUCUCGGGCUGGAGAUGCUUAUGAAAUUCGCGGCCAGACAGGUACCUUAACUAUGGACGCCUACAGUUGGGGGAUCGUGUCCACGAGGAAGGAAGAUUUUUCCCAUACCUGGAAUCCUGUUCGCCAGGGGUUGCGUGGAUUGGGCUUUUCAGGCGAUGACAAACGUGCCGGUAUCCCCGAUUGCUACAUGAAUGCGGAUGAAGAUACUCGCCUGGCUGUUCUUGCAGGACUUAUCGAAUCGGAUGGCAACAUAUUCGGUCCCUACUACCGAUUUAUGCAGGGCAUAGAAGGGCACCACAAGAUUGUAGAAGACGCUCACAAGCUGGCUCUUUCGUGUGGAAUCCAAUGCACCACUAUUCGCGAGUACCAGAGAUACGGGCAGCCAACUCGCCAAUUCGACAUGCUCAAAGGCAAUGAGAAAUUCCAACACCAUCUCCUGAUCCCUGGGAAGAAGAUCACGAAUUCUGCAAACCUCCGGAAUUCCCGCAGACGCUGUCAAGCAGAUGCUCACACUUUCAGCGUCUCGGAACCUCAUGAAGGAGAAUUCCGCGCCAUCGAAGUCGCCGGCGGCCUCUACCAGCUCGAAAACCGCACAAUUGUCCACAAUUGCAAUUGGAAGGAGGCCUUGAAUUCGCUGCUAAGAACUAAUAACUUCCCAGAAUUUACUGGUCGUGUCUGCCCCGCCCCCUGCGAGGGUGCAUGUGUCCUUGGUAUCAACGAGGAUCCUGUUGGAAUCAAGUCUAUCGAAUGUGCCAUCAUUGACCGUGGUUUCGACAUGGGCUGGAUGGUUCCACAGGAACCAAAAGUCCGCACUGGCAAGACUGUUGCCAUUAUCGGCUCCGGACCAGCUGGUCUUGCUUGCGCCGAUCAGCUCAAUAAAGCUGGUCACAAAGUCACUGUCUACGAACGAGCUGACCGAGCUGGAGGUUUGCUAAUGUACGGUAUUCCAAACAUGAAGCUUGACAAGAAGAUCGUCAAGCGUCGUACAGAUUUCAUGGCUGCUGAGGGAAUCACAUUCAAGACUAACGUUGCAGUUGGUCAAGAUGUCCAGCUUAUGGAUCUCAAGGCUGAAAAUGACGCAGUGGUGAUUGCUACUGGAGCCACUGUCGCUCGUGAUUUACCAAUUAAGAACCGAAGCCUCGAAGGUAUUCACUUCGCCAUGCAAUUCUUGCACCGCAACACCAAGUCUCUGCUUGACUCGGAGCUUGCUGAUAACGAAUACAUCUCCGCCAAGGAUAAGCAUGUCGUUGUUAUUGGUGGUGGUGACACUGGAAAUGACUGCAUUGGUACUUCCGUUCGCCACGGUGCCAAGUCAGUCACAAACUUUGAGCUUUUACCUCAGCCACCAAAUGAGCGCGCCCGUGACAACCCAUGGCCCCAAUGGCCACGAGUCUACCGUGUAGACUAUGGACAUACUGAGGUUAAGCAGCACAUGGGCAAAGAUCCUCGUGAAUACUGUGUCAUGUCUGAAGAGUUUGUUGACGAUGGAACUGGAAAGGUCAAGGGUAUCAACACUAUCCGUGUCGAAUGGACCAGAUCUUCCACUGGUGGUUGGGACAUGAAGAAAAUCGAAGGAUCCCAGCAAUUCUUCCCAGCUGACCUUGUGCUCUUGUCUAUGGGCUUCCUUGGUCCCGAGGAUCGUGUGCUUGGUGAUGAAAUUGAGAAGGAUGGACGCAAAAAUGUCAAGACAGCUCCUGGGAAAUACUCUACCAAUGUCGAUGGUAUAUUUGCCGCCGGAGAUUGUCGCCGUGGACAAUCUCUCAUCGUUUGGUAAGCCAUAAACUGCAGUUCUAUUUUGACACAUUUUCUAACAAAUUUAGGGGUAUUAACGAAGGUAGACAAUGUGCUAGAGAGUGCGAUCGCUACUUGGAAGGAUCUUCCUCUUUGCCUGUCACUGGUGGUAUCGUUAAGAGCACCGCAUCCGAAAUCUUUGGCCGAGAUCCUAAACGCGAGAUCUUGGGACGUGCUGAUCGCGCUCCUAUGCAAGUCAUCGCAGCUGCUGCGACAUAAGGAACGACACAAUCUGCACACAAAACAAUAAUAAAAUUCAAAAUAUUUACGACACUUGCUAUGUAGUGGUACGAACGUUAACGUUUCCUGGAAUGAACAUAUCAAAAGCAUAUUUCUGGCAUUAUUGGGAAAAUCAGAUGAAUAGCGACAUGAUUCGGCAUUCAAAAUUAUAAUGGACGGAUAUGCAUUGUUCAUGGAAGGAAAACAGGAGAGGUGGGGUCGUCCACAUUGCAAUAUUAAUUCAUGAUGGUUAUGUUUUUUUUACGAUACCAGCGAGUGCGAAUGCUUCCUCCCGGGGUGUUGAUGAAUGAUUGAUGCGUGAGAGUUGGAGCAGUUUGCCUUGAACUUGCUAUUUAUUAUACAUAGAUGUAUUUUGCAAGUGAGAGCGAGAGCGAGAGCGAGAAGAGCAAGC